AUGUCUUCAUCCAUACUAUCGAGUCGUCCUCCGACCGUGCGCCGUUCGUCAAGGCUACCUGGCGGUUUUGAUGAGGAGGAGGAUGAGCAUUCGCUGGUUGGCAGUGUCAAUGGUGAUGAACUCGCGGACUCACAACUAGCCGACUCGUUUCUCCCUGGUCCUCGAGACCCAAGCAGCCUCAUGCAAGGUCAGGAUGAAAAUACAAGUCUAGACCUCCCCGCAAACCGCACACUGGACGAAAGUGAAAUGAACAAGAGGUUACUCGAUCUUGAGUCCAGCUUUCUACCCGAGCCAUCGCAGAUAACUGGCCAGGAGUCUGCGAACAAUGGCGCUGACGAUACCUAUCAGUUUGGCGUACCAAAUGAUAACAUAGCAGUGCGCAAAAAGCCACACCCUAUCAAGAUUACCCACCCCCUCGACGAGCCAGAAAACCAUACGGAAGUCGAUGCGGUCAUUGUCCAAUCCCCACUUACACCUUCAGGGGGCUACAAAACGCCAGCCCCCGGCGAGCAGGAGUUCUCCAAUGCGAGUGAAGACUUGAAUGUGACUCCAGAGGCGCCUAGUACCUCUGCGCUGGAGAAUAUGUCUUCAUCGCCCACGGCGGCAGCGGCAGCGCGGACAUUGUCGAGGGUACAAUCUCUGGCAACGAUGGGGGGUUACGAAACGGCGCGAGAACAGGAUGAGGAACCCAGGCCUCGCACAAGGAUAGGUCCUGGUCAACACGACAAUGAUGCAACCCCGCGAAAGAGCAGCACACAGAGCGACCACGAGGGUCGAUAUCUCGAGGUGCCUGGAGCGAGUGACAGUCAGCAGGACAGUGGGGUGGCCCCUUCUCGUCCCGCAAGACGACCACAAUACCUGCACAAACGAUCAUCUAAUGCACGACUUUCGUUUGACUCGAUAGCCAGCUCGACUACCGAGGCGAGUGAAGCGACUUUGGCUGCCGACUUUGCUCUCCAAUCAGGUGGUGCAUUGCCGGAUUCGAGUACACAGCGCAAGUCCAGAACGACACUUUCACGACAAGCUAGUCUUGGGAGUAUGAUGUCCGGUUUGUCCGGUAUCAGCGAUGAUGAACCCCGGACGCAACGGCACGUCAGCGCGACUGAUCUAAGCACUUUGGAAGAGGAAAGCCCCAAGUCAAAAGACACCGGUGGCCUAUCAACCCCAAAAGCUUCAACAUUCAACUUCAACAUGCCUACAGACACAGUCAUUGCCAACAACGUCCGAGAUCUAGAAGUCCCGGGUACUUUUGCUCGUCAGUAUCGCCAAGAACGAAGCAUGUCGCCUGACAAGAACACUGGUGUCUUCGGACUAACACCCGGACCAAAGAGGGGUCUAACUCUGAAAGAGCACAGAAGCACUGUGGAGAAGCUGGGGAAGGAGAAUUUCGAUCUGAAGAUGAAAAUUCACUUCUUGGACCAAGCCCUCCAGAAGAGAUCUGAGGACGGUAUAAAAGAGAUGAUCACAGAAAAUGUACAAUUAAAGUCAGACCGAUUACGACUCGAAAAGGAUAAUCAUAAUCUCAGGAAACAGGUUCGAGAGCUGCAGAAGAAACUCGAAGAAUCCGGUAAUAGAGAAUCGCCGAAUGCUGAUCAGGGAUAUGGUACGGACGAAGAGAGAAGUCCUACGGCAGAAGAAGAGGUGAUAUAUCUCCGUGAAAGAGUGGAGAUCAACGAGAUUGAAAUCGAAAAGCUCCGCUCGGAGAGUCUUGCAAAGGAAACGGAGAAGAGAAGACUGGCUGAAAUGGUCAAGUCACUGGGGGAUACCAGAGCUGCCACUAGCGAUGUCGGUUCACGGGAAGAGCGUGAUAUGUGGAAGGAUAUGCUCGAGGCUGAGACGAUUGCUCGGGAACAAUCCGAAGAAGACAACAAGCGACUGCGUGACGAAAUUGCUAAGCUGAGGAGCGAGAAUUCUGCCCCAGCACGGUCAAAUGGACGCAAGGCUCGCAUCGGAGGGUCAGUUGUUUCGCGGUCCAGCAGUGUGGAAGCGGCCGCAAAUGCUCAAAACGCCGAGAUCGAGCGACUGCGACAUGAGGUUUCCGAACUACAGAAGAUGAUCGGUGCCCAGGCCUCGACCUUGACAUCGCGGAACAAAGAAAAAGAACGAUUGUAUCAAGAGAUUGAAGAUCUAAAGCUGGGACGAAUGGGCGGUCUUCGCAGCGUCGCCGGGGAUAGUAUAUUGGAUCGUUCAGCUUCGCGAGCGAGAUCACAUUCCCGGGCAAGCAAUGGUACACGAAUGUCGCGACUCAGCGAUCAAGAAAGAGAAACUCUGGAGACGCGAAUCAAUGAACUUCGGGAUGAAGUGUCGCAGCUGAAGUUGGAGAACCAAAACAUACAAAGCCAGUUUGACGAAGCCCUUGCAGAGCUUGAUGCUGUGGAUGCACAGGCUCAGGCGGAUGCUGACCAGUUCAAUGAAGAGCUCCAACUUCUGACACAAGAACGGGACAAUGCCUUGCGCGAUGCCGAAGAGCAAGAUAUCGCCUUUCAACAGCUGAAGAACGAAGCGCAGGAGGAAAUUGAUGGCCUGGGAGACGAACUUGACGCCAAGGUUGAGGAAUGUGCGCGGCUCGAGCAAGAUCUCAAGGCCCAGGUGGAGAACGUCAAAGCACUGCAGGCUGAGAUGCGAUCAGCCGGCGAAGGACUCGUUCGGCUUGAAGAAGAUGCACAGCAGAAUCUCGCUCGCUAUCAGUCUGUCCAGGCAGAGCUGGAUGACGCAAAUCGCGAGCUUGAAAGCCUCGAAAAGACCUGUGCCGAAGCAGAGAGCAAGGUGCAACGACUGACGGUCCAACAAGAAAGUAGUCAUAAUGAGAUUGCCUUCCUUCGCGAAGAGCAAGACGCGGAUAAGAUCAAGAUUGGCGAUCUCGAAUCGUUACUCAAAAAGGUUCAUCUCAACUUGGAAUCCGAACGGGACAAGAGCAAAGACCUCGAGCGUCGCAUCAACGAUGAGAGAGCGCAGCGUGACGCGGUGGCCAAUCAGGAAAAACAGGAGGUUCAGCGUGUUAUCAACGAUCUCAAUCGUGAAGCGUCUAGUGCCAAGGACGAACUUCGAAAGGUCCGCAAAGCUCUGUCAGCCCGUGACAUCGAGGCAAACACGUACAAGGAUCGUCUCGGGGAACUUGAGGAGAGCCUACGGAACAUCAUUGGAGAUCCUAACAGCUCUCGAUCUGGCCUAGUUGGCGCUGUCACUAAGAUGAGGCGGGAGCUUGACCAGACUACCAUUGACCUGGAGACUGUGCGCAGACGCCUCGAGGAGACCGAAAGCCUGCUUGCCGAUCGUGACACUCUACUCGAGUCGACAAGCCAUGAGUGCAAGAGAUUGGCAGAUGCGUUUGAGCGGGAAAAGGCCGGCCGGCGUCAAGACAAGCUCGACUUUGAACGGACGAACAAGGGCCAUAAUUCAACGACGCGGGCACUUUCUUCGGCCUCAGCUAGAGUCGCCGAGCUUGAAGGCAUGCGCCAGACGGACCGGAAGAGAGCACUGCAGACCGAGAAUCAACUCAAGGAACAACUCACUGAGCGCAACCAGGUCUUGCUAAAUCUGUGGAAGAGACUAUCGGCCAUGUGUGGUCCAGACUGGGCUCACAAUAACAGCCUCAUCAACGGCAACUUGCCAUCACAAGAGGUCGUUGGGAAUAUUCUUUUCUGGCCGGGGUUUAGUAGGAAUCUGCUCCUGGCGGCUAAGCAGGUCGAGGGUAUCCUGACCACAUUCAGAGACAAAAUCAAGCGUGUCGAACGGGAAUUAUUCAAGGAGUAUCAAGCUUUGGAACAAACUCUGGAAGUUCGCACGCGCAAGCUCGAGCGCAUCGAGGAGAGUUGGGAGAAGAUGAAGGUCAAAAUGUCCGAGAUGGAAGUACGUGUGCAUACACACCCCCAUUCGGAUCAAGGGUCACGCAUACCUACGUCAAGUAGGACGCCAGAGAUCAGCAAACUCAAGGGCGAGAAUCGACUUCUCAAGGCCGAACUCGCGCUUCUCCAGCAGCAGCAGGCACAUCACAAUAUGCACCAACGACGUGAGCGUAGCGAGCGCAACGAUUCGCGUGCGUCAGGGUAUUCGAUGCCCCUGUCCCCGCAUGACGGUCCUGGCCAACUUGACGGCGCCGUCGUUGGCGUACCAGCGCGCAGCUCAAGUAUGCGGCGCCACAAGAUGGAGUUGCAACGACACCAUUCGACUGGCGCGGUGGAGCAUCUGGUCGGUCUCAACGGCGAUGGUACCGGGAUGAGUCUGCGCAGUAACUCGAUCAGCAGCCGUGCUAGUGGGUACGCGCAAUCCCACCACGAGAAGGAACGAGAACGCGAGAGGGAGCGAGAAAGAGAGCGAGGUUUGAUGGUGCCGGCCGGGCCAUUCAAUGCGCCGGCGAAUGGGAAUUUCCCACUACCUCCGCCACGAGAGGCGCCCCCGGCGCCGCCAAGCACUGGUACGGCGAGCGCGAGUGGCACCAGUGAUAUUGCCAGUCAAGGACACCAAGGACCAGGAGGGCAGGAGAAGUGGAUCCACCGACUUCGCGAAUUGGAAAGACGAUUGAAGGCGGAACGAGAAGCACGACUUUUGGACAGAAGCGGUGCGAGAAAGCGACUUGAAGAACGAGAUGCGGUGAAUGAAGAAUUGAGGCGCGAGCUGGAGCGUGAGCGAGUGAAGAAGAGCAUCGGCUUUGGUGGAGAUGGCGGUGACGCUGCUGGGGUUCAGGGCAGCGGUGGGCCUUUGAUGCAACCAAGCCUCAUGGCGGGUGAGGGUCAAGUCGCCGAUUUCGCAGGGCGAGGGAAGCGUUAG